AAAUUCUACGAAGAGCGUUUGCGAAGAAGGCCCAACUAAUUCAACCAAUUGGAUACAAGAAAUACUUACGUGUCACUCUCCCAUUGGUCCACACGACGCAAACAGAAUUUCCGUAUAAAACUACAACUCUUACAUCACACAGUAACUCGUUUCUCGCUCCACACACCCUCUCCGAGUCAGUCUAGCACCGAAGAGUGAGAUCGUAGAACUAAACAACCAACCGAUGGCAAAAACGACGUCGUUGCUUCUAUGUGCACUAUGUCUCUUUGCUACUCUAUCUCUUAUCCAGGCAAAGAAGCCGAAGGAGGAUUUGAAGGAAGUGACUCAAAAGGUUUUCUUUGAUGUUGAGAUUGAUGGAAAGUCUGCAGGUCGUAUUGUAAUUGGACUUUUUGGGAAGGCAGUUCCAAAAACUGCAGAAAACUUCCGAGCUCUUUGCACAGGGGAAAAGGGAGUUGGUAAAAGUGGAAAGCCCCUUCAUUACAAAGGUAGCUCAUUCCAUAGAAUUAUACCUAGCUUUAUGAUCCAAGGAGGUGAUUUUACACACGGCAAUGGUAUGGGCGGAGAAUCAAUUUACGGAGAGAAGUUUGCUGAUGAGAACUUCAAGCUAAAGCAUACCGGACCAGGAUUUUUAUCAAUGGCAAAUGCUGGUCCUGAUACCAAUGGUUCACAAUUUUUCAUUACAACUGUAACAACUAGCUGGUUGGAUGGAAGACAUGUUGUUUUUGGAAAGGUGCUUUCAGGAAUGGAUGUCGUUUACAAGGUUGAAGCUGAAGGAAAUCAAAGUGGAACUCCUAAGAGCAAGGUUGUGAUUGCUGAUAGUGGUGAACUACCUCUGUAAAUGCAUCCAUCCUUGUUGAAGAUGUUACAUUUUUAAGUGGAACUCCUAAGAGCAAGGUUGUGAUUGCUGAUAGUGGUGAACUACCUCUGUAAAUGCAUCCAUCCUUGUUGAAGAUGUUACAUUUUUAAUUUCCAUUCCACCGACAGGACUACUUAUCUUUUAUAAUCAUGUACUGUUAUGUCAACAGUUAGUUCUGUCUUCAUGAUUUCUAGAAGAUGAAAUUUCGUCUUAAUGAUAAUAGAAAAAAUGGCAGUUGUUAACAUGAAA